AUGUCUUCCCACAAGACUUUUAGGAUAAAGUGGUUCCUGACCAAGAAACAAAAGCAGAAUCAGGCCAUUCCUCAAUGGAUUCGAAUGAAAAAAAAAACUAGUAAUAAGAUCAGUUACAACUCCAAGAGGCGGCACUGGAGAAGAACGAAGGUGGGUCUUUAA